AUGGACUCUCUGGAGGAGAAAUGGAAGGGACUGAGACUUCUGGAAGAUGAGAAUGCUAGCAUUGAGCUCGAUGAGGAUACCACGACUGAGUUGAUCUACAAAGAACAGAGAACUGUGUUGGGGAAGAUCUUUUCAUCAAGAAUAAUCAGUAAGGAAGUUUUGGGGUCGACAAUGGCAAAAGUCUGGAAGAUUAGCAAAGCAGCGAAGUUUACAGAGGUAUGCCCGAAUACCUUUGCUAUUAUCUUUGAAAAUGUUGCUGAUAAAAUGAGAGUUUGGGAAGGGAGGCCUUGGUUGUUUGAUAACCAGGUCCUAGUGAUGAAAGAGUUUGAGGGGUACAAACCGUUACAUAGUGUAUCCUUUGACUCUGAAUGCUUUUGGAUUAGAAUCCAUAACCUGCCUAUUUCCUGUAUGACAAAAGUUAAGGGUGAACAAAUCGGGGGUACGGUAGGGAAGGUAGAGAGGGUGGAUGUUCAAGAAGAUGGGAGUGGAUGGGGAAAUUUCUUGAGGGUUCAAGUCCUCUUGGACCUAACAAAACCUGUAGCAAGGGGGAGAACUUUAACUGUGAGAGGGAAUAGAUUCUGGGCCCCAUUCAGUUAUGAGAAGCUACCAAAAAUCUGCUUCUCAUGUGGAUGUAUGGUUCAUGGAGUGAAUGGAUGCAGUGGAGGUCAAGGGAACAAUGAGGAAAUGGAAGACAAAUGGAAAAGAGAGAGUGAAAAAAAGGAAAAUUUAGAGACUAGGGCUGGAGCAAAAGAAGGAAAAAAUGGUUUGGGGAGUGAUGAAGAUGAGGGACAAACUAGAAAGAAAGAAAAAGGAAGGGAAGAGAGUGAGGGAGGAAAAGAUUUGGAGGAAGAAAAUGGGGAUAGAGAAGAUGAAGGGAUGAUGAGAAGGGGAGAAGAGAGGUGGGAUAAGCAGGCAACAGAGGAGGAGUCUGAGAACAUGGUGGACAAGGCUUUAGAAGAGACUUAUGGACAAAUGGUGGAGGUUUCAUCAGAAGGUAAAGGGGGGAUUGGGGUAGAGGACCAUCCAAAAAAGAAGGGAGAAUGGAAGAGGAGAGCUAGAGCAAAAGGGAAGCAAGUGGUUUCAGACUAUCCCAUCCCGCCAAACAUUAUGAAAAUCCUCAGUUGGAACUGCCGAGGGUUGGGGAAUCCUCGGACAGUUCAAGAUCUCUACAAUAUGGUAGAGAAAAAUAAACCCAGCUUAGUUUUUGUGAUGGAAACUAAGUCUUUAAAAAAAAGUUUUGAUAGUUUGAGGAGAAGGCUUCAAUGUGAAGGCUGUUUUGUGGUUGAAGCAGUUGGAAAAGGGGGUGGUUUAGUUCUGUUAUGGAACUCAGAUGUGAGGGCUGAGAUUGUGAAUUACUCACAAAGCCAUAUUAAUGUUUGGAUCGAAGAGGAAGGGGAGAAAAAAUGGUUACUAACCUGUUUCUAUGGGCAACCAGAUACCAAUAAGAGAAAGGAAUCUUGGUCCUUGUUGAAUUCUCUUAAACCAGCAGCUAAUAUUGGAUGGUGCAUAGUGGGAGAUUUUAAUGAAAUACUUACUAAUGAUGAAAAGUGGGGGGGAAGAGCAAGACCAGAAGGCCAAAUGGAAUUAUUUAGAGAGGUUAUGAAUGAAGGCAAUCUUUAUGAUCUUGGUUGGAAAGGUGAUAAAUUUACAUGGAGUAAUUCUCAUGGAGAUGACACCUUCACUAAGGAAAGAUUAGAUAGGGCUGUGGCAACCCCUGAGUGGAUGAACAUAUAUAGAGAAACGUGGGUGGAAGUUAUGGUGACAAGCACUUCAGACCAUAAACCCUUACUAUUGCAUGUUCUAAAGAAGAAGGGCAGAAACUGGAACAGUCAGAGGGCUUUUAAAUAUGAGGCAAGCUAG